AUGGAGAAUUAUAGUGAUUCAGAUACAGAAUCAGAUUUUUCUGAAUCCGAAACCGAAAAUGAGUACGAUCUCUGUUGCCAGCGUGGAUCUGGGACAUGUGCUUUGCCGUUCGAUCCCACAUCGAUUGAAAAUAUUAUUUUAUCUAUUAGCGACCAAUUCAACUUUCGCGUACUUCUCAAUGAUAGCAGAGUAAAAAGUGCGAUUGCUAUAACUACGGGAUUGACUCUGGCUGGAAGUUUAAUCGGAAAACAUUAUGGAGGAAAAGUUGGAGCAGCUGUUGGUGGAGCGGUUGGUGGUGUGUGCGGGCUUGGAAUUAUUGCUGUUUCAAUGCGGGAUAUUUGGCAGGAUAUAAAAGGAAAAUUGUCAGAAUUGUUCGAUAUCGUGUACGAUUACCUGGCCGGUCUGGGAAUCAACGAUUACAAAAUGGCCGCCAAGUUCUUGAUGCAAAACAGUUGGGACAGCAGACAGCUUGCCGGAAUCGUUUUACAAGUUUCGUCAGAUAUACUUGGGAAGAAAAUUUUAUCAAGCCUUAAUGCGGCGAUAUAA